AUGCACAUGCUGUCUUUGGCUUCAGCCACUAAGACAUCUUCUAGUAUCUUCUCUUCAACACUUGUAUCUACAGUUGAUGUUACCUCUUCUCUGACCAUGUCAGAGAAUUUCCAAAAUUCAUCUCUGCUUGGAACUCCAAAUUCUCUGCAGCUCUCUCUUCCUGUGGUGAGCAAUGCUGCUCCUCUAACAGGAAGCAUCUGCAACUUCUCCAGGGUCUCUCCUCCAGCUGUCAGCUCGGCAUGGCUACUGCCAUCAGCCUCUAGCACCUCCUUCCAACCACUCAUAGGUACUGCCUACCUUUACCCACAUUCUAGCACAACCAUGUUGUCUGCAGUUUCUGGCCAGACCCAGAUUUCCACUUCAUCUGCCUCCUCUUCAGGCAUUUUUGAGUGGAAUAUUACAGGAAGCACUGAGAGGAAGUCAUCUUCACUCAGGGACUUCACUGUCACUGUCAUUGACCAGGACACAGCUAUCUCUUCCAUGCCUAUGGCAGCUCAAUACGACAAAACUUCAGAUACCAAUAACAUGGUCCCUCUGUAUCCACCACUGUCUGCUAGCCUUGUUCAGGGAACACCAAAUCAGGGACCUAGCUUAUCAUUGCCCUCCCCGGAAGGGAGCCAGGUAUAUUACUAUAAUCAAGGCACACUGGGGCCCCUACUCUCUGGAGAACUUGGCCCCUGCCUGCAAUCCUAUGGCUCUGUGUCAUACACAGGAGGUAGGGCCUCUGCCCCUCAACCAGAAAUGGUGAUGGUACUAAAGGAGGUUCAGCCCACAAAUGACCUACCAGCAGCCUCCAGCUCUGGAAUUUACUACUCCGUGUCUGCUCAACCCAUCAUGGAAAUGAGUUUUCAAGUGAUGGAAACUUCCCUGGGGAUGGAGACUUCCCUGGGAUUGCAACCUCCAAGUCAGACAUUUUGUCUGCCACAAACUCCAGAAUUCCCCAAGUCCUGCAGUAGCAGAAACAUCCACACACCUGAGAGUAACCCACCACCUGAGCUUGGGGACAUUCCAGUGAUAGCUCCAGUCCAGAGUUCUAGUAAUGUCCUUGCACUGCCUCCAGCUCCAAGUCAGGAGCAAACAGAGAACCAGAAUCUGGAUGAGAAUAAAAGCAAGCUUCCAAAACCUCUGGAUGCCUGCCAGAUCCCAAGAGAAUACGAAGAUCCUCCACUACUCCCUUUAGAAAUCCCUGAUAUUCAUCAUCUUCUGGCUUGCAUUGAUCCCCUCAGUCAAGAGGAGCAGUCUGGUUCUGAAAACAAUUAUCUGGGAAAGAAAAGCCUUAGUCUUGAGGACCAAGACACACCUGAAAAUGGGAAUGAGUCUAGCAGUGGUUUUGCAGGUAUCACUACACUGGUGGAGGAUAGUCACCUUUCUCAGCUCUUCAAUUCCUCGAAUGGCCUUGAUCAGUCCAAAGAUCCCAAGGCAAUCAAAGCCAAAGAUACCAAAGCCAUCAAGGUGAAUGAAGUGCAGGAAAAGACAAGCGUGAUAAACAGUUCGUGUGAUCGAGUCAGGAAGAACAAACACAAAGCCUCUGAGCCUAUCACUGGUGCUCCCAAGGCCAAAAUCCAAGCAAAGAACCCAGAGGGAGAAGUGGUUGUUUGCAAUGCAGAAGCCAGUGACAGGGCUCCUGUGAAGACUGCUAAGCAUUCUGACAGCAAACCUCAGAAAGCUGCAUCCAGCAGAAGCAGCAAAACUAAGCGCCACGGACAGGAAAACACCAAAAGGACCAGAGAAAACAACUCCAAGAAAGCUGAAGACAGUAAGCAGUCAGGGAACAAAGUCAAGGCUGAAGAGAAGCCAACCAUUCCCAAGAUGAAGCGGAAGAAAAAUCAACCUGAGCUUAGCCAAGAGACCUUUAAGAAGCCUCGAAGCUGCCUGGGCAUGCACAUGCUGGAGUCUGUGCAGGUUUUUCAUGCACUGGGGAAGAAGAAUGAUAAGAAAACUGGGCUCUCCUCCUCCCGAGCCCUGGGAAACUCGAGCAACACCAAAGACCCCCGACCAUCCCCAGCUAUCAAACCAUGGCUGGAUACCCCACGUGAGGGAGAAGGUGCUGAGAAAACUCAGGUCAAAGCCCAGAAACCAGAAGGCAGUGCUGAGAAACCGUGUCCAUCUCCAUCCCAGUAUGAGCUGCCACCUCCUGGGAAGGUCAAGUUGGUACCUUUGCCUUUUCUGACCUUGGACAAGCCUCAAGCUCGACCUGUUCCUCGGAGGCCACAGUCUCUGGCCUCACAUCGGCCUUCUGUGGCUAACUCUCCUCGGCCUGGUUCUAAUAAAUCAGUUCAGCCGACUGCAGCCAAUCCAUCCCGGCCGGCUCCUGCCAAUGCAUCGUGGAUGGGUCCUGCUAGACCGGCUUGGCCUAUUUCUACCAACCCGGCCCAACCAGGUUUGACCAACCCUACCCAGCCCAGUGUCCCUCAGUCUGCUGCUUCUAGGCCUGCAUCCUACAAAACAUCAUCUUGCACUUCUCUCCAGCGCCAACAUGUUCCCGCUGUUGUGACCAACCAGCAGUCCCCACCUAAGCCUCAAAACCAGUUUCUACUCCAAGAUUUCGGCUUCCAACCAAUUCCAUGGAGGAAACCCAAUGUUCCUGAGCCAGUAAUGUCAACACCUAUCACAAAAGAGCAGAGGCCAGAGCGUGAGGCCAUGAAGAGGCAGGCUCAACAAGAGCGUGAGAAUGCUGCCAAAUACACCUCUUUGGGGAAAGUGCAGUUUUUCAUUGAGAGGGAGAAAGACAUGGAAACUGCUCGAUUUUAUGGUUAUGCAAUAUAA